ACCAAUAAAAACUUCAGAAGAUUUACAUUCACUCCUUAAACAUUGCAUUGUUUAUUAAAUUGGAUCGGAAUAUCUUGUGUGUGUAUAUAUAUAUAUGCGGAUUAAACAUGAUGUGAAUUGACUUAUAUGUGGUGGAACUUGAGAGUAAUAUUUGCUAUUUCGGUAAAAUACAAAUACUGUACCUGUGGAAACACCUGUUCGUUGAUACACUUAAUACUCUAUGCCGAAGUGUGUACGAGUUUGGGUUCACGUUAAUUCAAGCGUAACACAAAUGGCUUAACAAGAUAUUUAUAUACGAAAUACAUCACAAACAAAAAAUGGCGGCGUGGAAGUUGAAACAGCUUGUGAAACUCAUGUUUGUUUUUACUGUGUUUAAAUAUUCACACGGAGAGAAUACGACAUGUAAAGGUCGAUUUGAAAGGUGCAUCUGUACGACGAAGAAUGUUGAAUGCCACGGUGAAUCACAGUUACACGGACACAAUAUAAUUAACCUGUACUUGGAUAUAGAUGAUCACUGUGAAACUCUAACAAUUACUCAUUCCAAUCUAAGUGAGUUGCAGAAGAAUUUCUUUGGAUCCUGUCAUGACGCCCCUGAUUUGGUGCUUAAAGACAUGACGUAUGUUGAACUGUCAAACGACAACAUAACGACAGUCCAUGGGAAGACCUUUCACUGUAUUCCGAAUUUACAAACAUUGAUUAUGAGCAACAACCAGUGGGAAAUUGAUAGAAGUGACAGCGAAAUAGGUUACUUCACUUCAAUGCCCCAUUUGAAGCAUCUGGAUUUAAGUAACGCGUUCGAAGAUGGUGAAGAUGGCUCAAUAUUUUUUUACAAGCUGGCACAUAUCUUUUAUGAUACUGAUAUGACCGAGUUGGAGGAUCUGAAUCUUUCAUACAAUGAGUUCAUUGUGCUGUCAAGGGAAAGUUCCAACUCAAUGUGUGAGCUUACUUCCCUUAAACUGUUAAAUCUGUCGCACAACUAUUUCAUGGAACCGUCUAUGCCGAACAAAGUUGACUGUUUUCAACACUUGGAAAGACUUGACUUAUCCUAUAACAACAUCAAGUUGUUAAGCCCUGAGUUUAUGCAAGAAGUUGAUCUUCUCCAUCAGGCCUAUGACAAACUUCAAGAAGUCAAGUUGGACAAUAACCCAUACCGCUGCGAUUGUGAAUUGAUAGCUACCUGGGAAUGGCUAAACACAACUAGAAGUCCAGUGAACAAAAAUGAGAUGCUUUGUGGCAGAGACAGUUACCAUUCCUCGUAUAUAGGAAAACGCAUUUUAGACCUGAAACCCGAAGAUUUUCUAUGCCAAAUGAUCGAAGUGCACAGUAACACAGGGAUUCGAGUUGUGACGGGCAUCAUAUUUACUGUGGUUGGUGUAACUCUGGUGGCCUUCAUUAUUGUAAAUAGGGAGAAAUUAAGACUAUGCAUUAAACGAUUGAACAAACGCGUCCCAAGCAUACGGUUCCGCUCCCACCAGGGGUAUGCUACAGUGCAAGAAGUAGCAACCGUUUGAAUUGGUUGUGAUUUACCGCUUUAUUUGCAUAUUAAGGUAAUAUUGUCAGUUACUCUCUGCUUCCUUUGGACGUAUGAUAUACAUAUACAGUGAUGUGAAAUUAUGUAUAUAUUACGUAAAGGUAACGCUUCAACAAAAAUAGAACAUAGCUUUAUCCAUUUCUUUUGUAUUUUUUUGUAAUUGCAAUUUUUAUGUGGUUGCAAACAGUUAUUCGUAUCAAUUAAUCAAAAUGUUUUUGCCACGGACCCAUGUAAAGAUAUAUUUAGAGCCGUGAUUUCAGUAAUUUUGUUUUUAUUGUUUUGACUUGUCUUCAUUUGCGCAUUGCUUAUUAACAACUGUUUUCGUUGGUUAUUUCAUUUCGUGUCAUGUUUUGAACACAUGUUCCUACAUACCAUCUGUCAUUAACAUUAAUACAUGUACAUGUUAAAUGACAUUGAUCGACGUAGCUUUAAGCCAUGUAUUGUUUAUUAAAACGCUAUCACGCACUCUCAUCUAUAAAUUCCUUUGUUAUGUUGGAUAUUGAAACAUUGAUAUUGUUGAAGUAGAUCUAUGUUCUUUAAAAGUUUCUUAAUCUGAGAAUGUAAUCUGAAUUUAUCACAGCGUAUUACAAACACACAAUGCUUAAAUGAGAGUGUGAUUAUGUAACAAGCAUGUUACCUUAUAAUCUGCUUACAGAUCAGAGCCAACAAUCUCGAUUUAUACAGACGGAUUUAUAUUGGUGGUACAGUAUGAACAGCGAAUUUUACAACAUUCUCUAAGCCGAUAAAGAUUCUUACGUAACUAUUGUAUUUGUGUUAACCUUUACAACGAAUUGUAUAAAUACCGAAAUGUCUUUAUGACCUGAGGUUUUGUAAAUUUAUACACAUUUACUGAUGCAAUUUAUUAGGUUUAGAAACUUGCCGAAUUUAAUCUUUUUGUAACAUUAUUAGAACAUUUUACAUAUAGUACGUGCCUUAUUUUUUGAAAACCAUUUUAUUUAUUAUUGUAGUGACUAUCGUUUUACCAAGGAAACAAUUUUUGGCUGAACUUGACAUGUACAGAAAUAUUAUUCCUUAAAUGUAUUUUGUGCGUGUUAAAACUGUGUUUUAUUGAAAGUUGUGAUUAUAAGUGUAUCAUUCCAUUUUUUUCCUUUUGAUGUAUUGGUUUUAUUUUAUAAAUUCCAUUUGUUUGUUAUAUUUUUAUUUGAACAUGUCCUUUCAUUUCGAUUUGAAUAUCGUAACAUAUUAGUAGCAGGCAUAGUUCGAUCCAUAAUAUAAAUUGUGGUUUGAUAGAUUUUGCAAAUUUAAACAAAGAAGUAGUGUAAAUAGAACGUAUGAGUCACAUUUACACUUGUGUAUGUAAUUCAUGAAUAGUUCAAACCAAUGUCGGUCUAUUUGGCAAUUAUUUAGAUCAGAAAUGUUAUCAGUGAAACACGAUAGCGCACAUCCUUAAACUGUACAGGUGCGCGACCAUUGUGUACACACCGGUCUUACUGCUAUAUUUGAGACCGGUGUGUACACAUUGGGUGCGCGACUUAACGUACAGGUGUUGCAUUCGGAACUCCUCGGUAUUUUUUUUCGAAAACAACCUCGGAUGUUCAUCAGUUGAAGUAGUUCGGAAAUUUUUGAAUUAUAUCAUUAAUUAAAUGCAGUGUUUUAGAGUUGUAUUUAUUGAUCUAAGUUUAACUUGAUUGCCAGUGAAGUAUAUUAUUGCAAACAUAAUUAAGAUUCCCAAGAGUUAUGACAUAAAGUUUAACUGUUAAAUACAAUCACUACGCGAUCUACUUGCAGCGGACUUAAACGUACCGUUUUUGAGUGUGUAAACCGUCCAAGUACAUCCGAGGUUGUUUUCGAUAAAAAUGGCCAAGGAGCUCCGAAUGGUAGGUUUUGGCCGUAUGAGUGUGACGGUCGUUUGAAGCCAGUUUUAAACUACACUUAUUAAUGGUUGAAGGUUGGUGUACUUUAAAGUGACACUCUUAUUUAAAAUUAAUACAUACACAUGUAUAACAACAAACAUAAAUUUUGAGUGAUAAACCUUCAACUACUUACCAAAAAAUGCAUUUAUGAAAAAAAAAAUUUACUGAUAACAGAAUUGUAACUAAAUAUUUAAAAGAUGAAAACGUAAAAAUAUUAAAAUGAUUGGUGAAUGCUAAAAUAUUUACUGUGAUUUACUAUAGCCUCAUAAGGUCGAUUAUAGCGUGUUUUCUGCACCUUUCUUUCAAAUUAUACUUGGUAUCCUUCAUAAGAACCAUCGUUUUCGACAUUUAUUCAUGCCUUUUGGUAUAUUAAAACAACUUUAUUUAAUUUGGUAAAUCUUAUUUGGGAGUAAGAGUGCAUCUUUAAAAAAAGAGGUUCGAUGCGACUGUCGCAUAAUAACCAAUUCAUUACCCGAUUCAAACCAAUAACGGCUGAUUUACUGAAAUAGACAUAUUGGAAAACUUGAGAAAUACUGCCUUACCAUCGGACUAAAUAAAAUGUUAACCACUAAUUAUGGAUAAGAAAAUUCAUGUUUAUAAUUGUAUAUAUUUCAUUUUGUAUUAAAAUUCCAAUUGUUUUGCUUCCAUUUAAAGCUGCUCCCUAACAGAUUUGCCGUUUUUACAACUUUUUUUUCUUUUUUUUGUAUCCGAAUGAGCAAAUUUUUGCGGAAAUAUCUGCAAACCAGUGAUAAAAUACUGAUGACAAAAUAUUAGAUCGCAGAUUUUCAUACGUCAUUUCGAAAACUAAUCUUUUAUGGCUUAAAGCGUUACUAACGGUUUAAGAAAAAAGCAUCAAACAUCAUUUUUUGAACUUAAAAAGGAACAUUAAUUUUGUGACUAAUUUUUUAACAGCAGUCUUAUAUGAAUGGUUUACAUACAUUUUCACAUAAAUUGGCUCGUUCCAUGACAAAAAAAUAAAUAAAAAAAGUUGUCAAAACGUUCAAUCUGUGAGAGUGCAGCUUUAAUACAUUACGUACAUACAUGUAAUACUACUCUGUACAUCUGCGUAUUAAAUUCGUAUCUUAAAAUCUAUACAUAUAAUCCCCAUCAAACGAAAGAGUUUUUACAUACAACAGUUGAAUUUUUAAAAACAAACUUACUUCUUUUUAUAAAUUGUAUGUCUAUAUAAGUAUGUUUACAUUGCAUCAGGGGCUGAGGGCUUUCAUUAAAGGCCUAGUUUAAGGAAUGUUUGGCAUGAUGAUCCCCUGCUGUACAUCUCCUGCUAAUUGCACUGAUGUCACAGUAGGGGCCAAUUUCCUGUUUAUUUGUUUAUUGGCUCAGGGCCAUUUAGGGUCCAUUUCUAUAAUAAAACCUCCAAAACUGCACAGCACGAUAUUUCUUCUUCUUUUUUUAGGGGGGUCACUUAAAAAAGGAUUAAACUUGGCCUUUGAAAAUAUGAAACUGCCAGUAUGAACUUCCUAUCUACCAAUCUUGGAAGUUUUUCACUGAAAUGUGGAAGUUUAAGUCUCCCAAAUACAGUAUCUGUUUCCACUAUUUCCAACUAGUAUGUUAAAAGUCAAGUAAUUUUUAACUUGCCAAAUUCAAAGACUUAUAUUAUGAUAAUUUGUUUUACUUAAAGACUGAUUGAAAUUAUGACCAUCUUACUCCCAGCCAUAAAAGUAAUAUUGACACAAGGUUUUGAUAUUAUAAACUUCCAAGCUUUCAAGUGGGAAAGUUUUCUUCAAAAUUAUGGACAUUUUUGUAUUUCCAAGGAAUCAAUUUUGGUAGUUUUAACCCAUUCCUAGGGAGUAAUAUAAUUCCAAUCUUCCUUUAAUGAUAGCCCUGAUUGUAUUGUUCAGAUAUAUAAUUGAUGGAAUAUAAAAUGAUUUUAAGUUUUCCUGUUCAAAAUGAUGCUAGCGUAGAUAUAUAUUUAAAAUAUUCUGCUUGUAAAAUAAACUGUGAUAUCAAAUGUUUCACCGUGUUGUUGUCACAGACCUAAAGCACAAAUAAUGGUACUGGGCGCAUUGCAAGUCCAAAUAGUUUUACUUUUACAGAUUUGUUUAACGAUUUUUUAUACGGCAAAUCCUUUACGUACAACUUGUUUUGUACCAAAAGUGGCUUGUUAUUCCGAUCGGAAUUACGGGUUAAAGCAUAUUGCGUCUAUAAAAUAUAAUAAAAACAAGAAAUAUU